AUGUCCGCUCCUCCCGCCGACGGUUACGGCCAGUAUCCUGGCCAGCCCGAGCAACCUGAGCAACCUGCUCAAGCCGGUUUCGCCCCACAAGAUGCCUCCGCCGCGGCGCCCUCGAAAAAGAAGAAGAGAGGAUACGCCGCCCAGGCCUUUGAAGUCGGUUCUGGGGCCAAUGCUGCGGUUGGGGGUCAGAUUCAGGGCGGCGGCCAGCAAUACGGAAUGCCCGCCGCUCAGCAACCUGUGGCAUAUGGAAACUAUCCACAGCCGGAUGCACAGCAUCAAGCUCCCGGCCCAGGCUACCAGUACUCGCAAGCCCCUGUACAGCCUCAACAGCAAGUUCCAUAUGGCUAUCAAGCACCUGAUCAAGGUUAUGCCAGUGCCGGUCCUCAACCCAGCGGUCCUGGAGUUGCCGGAAUCACUCAGGGUAUGGGCGGUAUGCAACUGGGUGGCCAGCCUCAACAGUAUCAGCAGCCUGGUCAGGCCUUCACACAGCAACCCGCUCGAGUUGGCCCGCUUAACCAGCUGUAUCCUAGCGAUCUCAUGAACAAUCCCUUCUCAGUAUCUGAACUGGACUUGCCGCCCCCUCCAAUUGUCUUGCCAGCCAAUUCGAGCGUAACCCCUUCUCCAGACGCCAACUGCUCGCCACGGUACAUUCGCUCAACCCUGAAUGCUGUGCCAACGACCAACUCACUUCUCAAGAAGUCCAAACUUCCUUUUGCUCUCGUCAUUCAGCCGUAUGGCGCGCUCCACGACGAUGAGGACCAAAUUCCGGUCGUCCAAGACCAGGUCAUUGCGCGUUGUCGCCGUUGCAGGACGUAUAUCAACCCCUUUGUGACGUUCCUAGAUCAUGGGCAUCGCUGGAGAUGCAACAUGUGUAACUUGAGCAACGAUGUUCCUCAGGCAUUCGACUGGGAUGCGGCCGCGCAGCAGACAGUAGACCGAAUGCAACGCCACGAAUUAAAUCACUCCGUCGUGGAGUUUGUUGCGCCACAGGAAUACAUGGUUCGACCUCCACAGCCAUUGGUGUACCUCUUUGUGUUUGAUGUCAGUUAUGCCGCGGUUUCAAAUGGCAUGCUGGCUACCAGCGCUCGCACAAUACUCGAUAGCCUUAGCACGAUCCCCAACGCCGACAGACGUACGAGGCUUGGUUUCCUCGCAGUGGACACUAGCUUGCAUUACUUUUCGAUUCCGAAAGAUGAGGAUGAAAACGGGGAAACAAAUAUGCUGGUUGUCAGCGACCUGGAGGAGCCUUUUCUCCCUGUCCCACAUGAUCUCCUUGUGUCUCUCACCGAGAGUCGACAGAGCAUAGAGAAAUUCCUUCAGAAGUUGCCAGAUAUGUUCCAGAAUAAUCAUAGCAAUGGCUCUUGCAUGGGGUCAGCCCUCAGGGCAGGGCACAAGCUCAUUUCCUCCCUUGGUGGCAAAAUCGUUAUUCUGACGGCCUCGUUGCCCAAUAUCGGUGAUGGGAAACUGGAUAUGAGGGAAGACAAAAAGUUGCUUGGCACAUCAAGGGAAGGUAGUCUCCUGCAGACUGCCAAUAGCUUCUACAAGAGCUUUGCUGUCGAAUGCUCAAAGAACCAGGUUUCCAUCGACAUGUUUCUGUUCUCGUCGCAGUACCAGGAUGUCGCCUCACUCAGCAAUCUUCCACGGUAUACCGGUGGCCAAACAUGGUUCUACCCCGGCUGGCAUGCCUCGCGUCCUGAAGAUGCCCUCAAAUUUGCGUCAGAAUUUAGCGACUAUCUGUCAUCAGAAAUCGGUCUUGAAGCGGUGCUUCGCGUCCGUGCCACUACAGGCCUGCGUAUGAACGCUUUCUAUGGCAACUUUUUCAACCGAAGCUCUGAUCUUUGUGCUUUCCCAGCAUUCCCACGCGAUCAGUGCUACGUUGUGGAGGUUGCCAUUGACGAAAAUUUGAAUAAGAACUUUGUGUGUCUGCAAGCUGCUGUUCUUCACACCACAUGCAACGGUGAACGUCGCAUUCGAGUAUUGACCCUUUCUCUUCCGACUACCACGAACUUGUCUGAUGUAUAUGCAUCCGCUGAUCAGUGUGCUAUCACCGCAUACUUCAGCCACAAGGCUGUAGAGCGGACUCUGGACAGCGGUCUGGAGGCGGCAAGAGAUGCUUUGCAGGCUAAGCUCACUGAAGUCCUGCAGACAUUCAAGAAGGAACUUGCUGGUGGUAGCAUGGGUGGAGGUGGUUUGCAAUUCCCUGCGAACCUGCGCGGCUUGCCCGUUCUGUUUCUGGGUCUUAUCAAGAACGUGGGGCUGCGAAAGUCGACGCAGAUUCCCUCAGACAUCCGUUCUGCGGCACUCUGUCUCCUCUCGACUUUGCCGGUGCCACUACUGAUGCGCUACAUUUACCCAAGAAUGUACUCGUUGCAUGAUAUGCCUGACAAUGCAGGAAUGCCAGACGAAGAAACAGGCCAGAUCGUCUUGCCACCAGCAAUAAACCUGUCAUCGGAACGACUGGUCCCGUAUGGUCUUUACUUGAUCGAUGACGGACAGACUCAAUUCCUUUGGGUUGGUCGAGAUGCUAUCCCCCAGCUAAUUGCAGACGUUUUCGGAGUAGAGGAACGCGCCCAGGUCCACGUUGGUAAAGGCCGGGUUCCUGAGCUUGAUAACGACUUCAAUGAGCGAGUGAGGGCAGUCAUCCAGAAGAGCAAAGAUCACAAGUCGCUUGGAGUCGGAAGCAUCACAGUACCGCACCUUUAUAUAGUGCGGGAGGACGGCGAGCCUAGCUUGAAGCUGUGGGCACAAACAUUACUUGUUGAGGACCGAGCAGACCAAGGAGUCAGUGCGGCCCAGUGGCUCGGUGUGCUGAGAGAAAAGGUCAGUAUGCGCUAG